CUUUCUUUUUACAAUGUGAGGGAUGAAGUACGCCAUGGCCUAGCUAGCACAUUUGUGAUUAUUUGUCCAGUCUGUGGAAAAAACAACGAAACAAAAACUUCUGAACAACACAAACCUAGUCAACGUGGUCCUCCUGCUUUUGACGUAAACACACGAGUGGCCCUUGGUUGUCUUCAUGUGGGUAUUGGCCAAACCCAUAUCAACAAUUUGCUCUCUACUUUGAAUGCCCCAACUAUAAUUCUGUCACUCUCAAAUUGAGGGAAAGAGAAGUAGGAAAAGCUGUUGAAGGUGUUGCAAAAAGUAGCUGCCAGAUUUGGCUGUAGAAAAACAAGAAGCCCUGCAAAAUGGUGUUCAGGUUGAUGAUAAUAACCUGGUUCCUAUUUCAUGUUCCUAUAAAAUGGUCUGGCAGAAACGCGGCAAGGGCCAUAACUCUCACACUGGGCAAGGAGCAGUUAUGGGGUUAUCUUCUGGUAGUGCUGGACUAUACAACAAGGACAAAAAGUUGUAGAUUUUGUGACAGUGCCAAAGCCAUGGGAAAACAACCCAAAGCUCAUGACUGCCGAAACAAUCACGAGGCUUCGUCAAAAGCAAUGGAGCCCGCUGCAGCAGUUGAAUUGUUUAACAGAGCUCCAGACCAAAGUGUUAAGUUUUCAGUUUACACAGGUGAUGAUGACUCCACAACAGAGGCACACAUGCGAGAAAAAGUAACCAAUGAGGUUGAAAAAAACAGUGACAUUAUACAUAUGAAAAGAUCCCUCACAACACGUUUAUACAGCCUCAGUCAAAAUGAAAAAUUUGACAAUUGUUCCCCUUUAUCUCAAAAGGUGAUAAAUUAUUUAGUGAAAUGUUUUUCAUACUGC